AUGGGUGGUUUCAUCGGCUACCCUGGUAGCGCAUUCUAUCAUGCGAGCAAGUUUGCCAUGGAUGGAUGGACUGAAGCCGUUGCAAAGGAGCUACAUGUUGAGUGGAAUAUCCACCUCUGCAAUAUCGAACCCAGCGGCGUCAAAACCAACUACGCAAAUACAUCGCUGAAGACUAGGGCGCAGGGGAGGCAUCCUGCCUAUGCAGACCCAAGUCACCCUACCAACACCUUGCUGGGCUACAUGAGCAAGGAGGAGAAUCGUUCUUCCUGGACAGAGCCAGACGCAAUUGCUGCAGCUAUGUAUCGGCUUGUUAGCCGCGGGCAAUGGAUUCCUAUUCGUCUCCCUCUGGGUGCAGACGCAUAUGGAAUGAUCUGUAUGGCCCUAGAGAGUAUCAAGAAAGACAUGGAUGAGUUUAGGGAUAUUAGCCUAGGAGUAGGUGAAGCGAAGCACCUUGAUUCUAUUGGAUUCCUUUAG